AUGGCUACUUUUCAUUGCUUUUCAGAACUACCGCCUGAGCUAAGGCUUCAAAUAUGGGAGGCAUCAGUUCGCCCAACACAGCUAGAUAUGGUGGCAAUGCACUAUUGUUCCAUGGCAGCCUGGGUGGAAGAAUACAAGGAUCCUAUGUGCAUGAUCCCUGUAAUCGGCUACGUCGAUGACAAGAAUCGGUCGGCCUAUAAGCGGGACUACGGACUCUGGACUGCUUGCUGGGAGUCUCGCGAGGUAGUCAAAAAAGCUUUCAACAUGCGUUAUUGGGAGAAGAGGAGACGACAGCUAAGAUUAAUGGCUGAUCGGUCCGAAAAGGUGUGGCAGUCAGCCGAGGGAGACGAAUGCCUCCCAAUUCUGCAACGACUUAGGCCACGCCCAGCCGUGUCCAGCGCUACUCUUGAGCUCUUCCACCUGAUGGUCCGACCCUUUCAGGAUGUAUACUGCUUCAGCAUCGACAUCGACUUCAACUCCUGUCCCUUAUUGAAGGGAGGGAAUUUGUUUAGCUUUACAAGCACGCUUCUCGAAUACUCUGCGCCGCUCACUGACCUGGUUUGUCACAACACGGCCAAGUCCCUCGUUUUCGAGUUUGACCCAAGUUGGAAUGCCGACUUUCCCAAAUCAAAGACCAAUCUAUACAAGGAGCUCAGUCCAAGGGGACUCAUAGCCAACUUGGUAUUUUAUGAUUUCGAUCAUGAGUUCGUCGACCUCGGGCAUGAAUAUCGUUCCAAAGAUGGCCGCGAAACAGCCUCUGCGUUUAUCAAGAUGUUGGCAGGCCUUUGUAAUAUGGAAGAGGUUUCCUAUGAUGAUGAUGGCCAGUUGGUGAAGACUUGUUAUGACACAAAGGACUACAUUGGCGUUCUUGGUUGUAUGUAA